AUGGACGCCAAAACCGCCACGCUCCCCACUGCCCAGGCAGCUGCUCCGGCAGCAGCCGCAACCGACGCUUCCGCCUCCAAGCCCAAGCCCUGCUGCGUGUGCAAGGACGAGAAGUCGAGGCGCGACGAGUGCAUGCUCUUCUCCACGGCCAAGGACCCCGCCGCCGAUUGCAAGUCCCUCGUCGACCAGUACAAGACGUGUAUGCUCGGCUACGGAUUCAAAGUAUGA